UUCCAAGAAAUACAUCGAUUUCAUCUUUACUACAUGAAAUGUUUUAAUGUAUUUAUUUGUAACAUACUUCAACCAAUUUAUUUGUAGAAUGGGGCUAGCUCGCUGUGGAAAAAUUGUAAAGUACACGAUGUUUAUUCUCAACCUUCUGACAUUUCUGGGAGGUUGUGCACUUCUUGGAUACGGGAGCUAUUUAAAGGAUAACAGCAUAUCCCUGUUUGGUAUAUUGACAGUAGUUCUAGAGUAUGUACAUCUCUCCGUUCCAUGGAUAUUGAUAAUUACAGCCAUUGUCUGUAUCAUUGUGUCCUUUCUUGGUUGUUGUGGUGCCAUCAAGAAAAUAAGAGGCAUGUUGACCAUGCACUUUCUUCUCCUUCUUGGUUUGUUCCUAGCAUUACUGGUAGGAGGAGUCCUUGGUUACCAAUAUAAAGAAACGAUAGAAUCCUCUAUCGUGUUACAAAUGGAGACAUCCCUUAACAACUCGUACGGCGUGGAUAACUUUGUCACGCAUGCGUGGGACCAGUUACAAUCCACACUACACUGUUGCGGAAUAGAAGGAAAUGAAAACUCAACUUACUCCUGGUCUUUUUAUAAACUAUCUACGGACUGGUAUAAAAACCAAGUACAGACGGUAGGACGUCUACAAUAUGUACCGGAGAGCUGCUGUAAAUAUCCAUAUGAUACAAACAACGUGACCAAAUGUAUAGGACUACAAAACAGAUACACAGCCCCUGUGGUGGGGCCUCCUGUUUCAUUAAUAAUGCAGAAUGACCAACUUUUUACUCAGGGAUGUUGGACAGUGCUGCUAAGCAUUGUACAAAAUAAACUCUGGCUGGCCAUGAUUUUAGGAACAGUUUCAGCUUCUUUGUUGUUGAUUGGAAUGAUAAUGUCUGUUUGUCUGUGCAAAAGAAUAGAGGAACAGAUUUAUGAAGAGGACGAUGAAAGAUUUCAAGAAUUCAUUCUAUCAUGAACAUACAGACUGAUCUCGAAUCGAAGCUAUUCAAAUUCAUUGUAAUUUUUCAUAAUUAUCAAUUUCCUCAAUUUAUUAUCAAAAAGGAAAGUAUUGUUGAACACGACAUGUCCUGUCAUACAAAGAUAUUUAAAUCAAAUGUAAACAUAGAAUUAAUUUUGCAUGUUUGUGGAAUAUAAUUUUAACAAUUUGUGAAAUAAUCAAUAUUUCACACUACAGUUAAGGGUUUGUAUAUAAAAAUAAAUCAAAAG